GGAAACACUCAAACAAAAAAGCGUACACAGUGUUAAAAAGAAAGAAAGUGAUAUAAAAUGUCACGGCAGUUCUGAUAAAUCUAUAGCGAAGUCCCAUAGUAGAAUCAUCUGAGUUGUAUGAUGCUGUCUGAAAGUGAACUUUUCAUAGUGGAGAGGCCCGGUUUCACAACAGGAUUGAAACCAAGAUGAGCUGUGCAAUGAGGAGGUGCAAGCGUGACACUUGGCGUGUAGCAAUUACUCUAAACAACAAGGCCUAGAAGAACCAAACGAAGAGUCAAUUCAUGAGGAAACGAAUGCUUCCUCUGCUGCUGAAACCCCACAGGAAGAGCUUCACCAGUACACAGAAAGUGGCUUAGUAAGACAUCCUGAGAAGGUCAUGGCUUCACCCAGUUGAUCAGAUACAAUGAAGAGACUGGAUGAUGAGCCAACAAAGAGUGGGAACAGGACGAGCCUUUCUGACAAGCUCACCAAUGGUGACUCUGUGACUCAGAAAAGCCCCGUGGCUUUAUUGCAGGGGCUACGUCUGUGUCGGGAGGCAUGGAACCCAGGAAGCCCGUGGGACAGAGAAGGAGCCCAUGCUGCUCUGUGGGGCAGGCCACCAGGGAGUUUCCUGGUGGUGUCUGACUCAUCUUCUCAGAAUAACCUACUGUGUGUGUCUGUCGAUGACCAGGAUAAGAAAAUACAAGACUUUCCAAUCAUACACACUGAAUCAACACAGCACCUGAAUACGUCUCACCUGGCCUUCUGUGACCUGCUGCAGCUGGUGAGCUUCUACACUUUGAGCAGGGAUGUGUUGCCUUUGUGUUUGUCGGUUCCUUCAUGGGUGUGUGGUUUAACCGAACAACCAGAGAAUCUUGUUUCACAACUGGGUCCAAAGGCCUGGCUUUGUCCCUCAUCAGAUCUUCUGCCAGGCACAAUGAGUCCAGGAACACCAGACACUCAGGACACUGUAAUGUGCACCAUACAGUUAACAGCAGCCAAUGGUGCUCUCUGUGUCAUCAACCCUUUGUAUCUCCAAGAGCAUGGAGAUGAUUGGCUGACACAUUCCUCGGGCAGCACAAAUCUCAUUAAUCGCCCCUUCACUUCCAGGCGUGACAGACGGCUAAGUGCAGCAAGAGCUUGGGCAGGAGCGGGGCUUAAGAAGCGAAGCGAGUCAGUGGAAGAUUCCUCUUCCAGUUUUGACAGCUCAGCAGGUCCUCUUACUCAUAACCCGGCUUCCCCGGUGACCCCAACUGGAGUGGUUUUGCGCAGAGCAAGCAGCUCCAGUACUUCAGAUCCUCAAAGGAGGGUGAGUUCGGAUUCAAUCAGCAGCCCCAUCCCUCAGUCCCCGCACCGAGUGUCUUGGGUCGAGGAUAAACUAUGGAUGAACCCACCUGCUCCUUCUUCCCUGCUCCACCCUCCAUGCCUCGAAUUUGAUUCUCUGUCAAUGAGCAGCAUAGAAGAGGAGCCUGAUCCUGAGCCAACCGUAAGCCCCUCCCAAGUACAAAACUCACCACGCCUCCCACUGGCUGACAAGGUUAAGAACAGGCUUUCAGCAGUUGGCCAGGCUCUAGGUGGCUUAAUGAAUCCACAAAAACGACUGAGUAAACGUGUGCAGGAGCUGAGCGAACGUAAGUGUAGCCCCUUUGCAGAGGCUCUAAAAGCAUUUGUGGAGCAGACGCUGAAAAUGAGAGCUGUUUGUGGUGUGAAAAGUACAGAGAUGCUGCAGGAAGUGCGCUCCUCCCUCACGGCUUUGAGGGAAACAUUGUACGACUCUGUUGAAAUCCAGAGCAUCAUCGACUCGUUGGGAGAUGUGCCUGAUUUUGAGCUGGAUAUGAUGCUGGAGCAAGCCUUACAUAAAGUGGCUCUGAAGCCAUUGUAUUCUCAUUUGUACGAGUGCAUGAAGACAGCACAGCAUCAGGAUGUCAGCCUGCAGCGGCUACAAGCGAACCAGCACACGUUGAUGAACCGAAGCCUGGAGGAGCUGGAGGGGACAGCAGGUGCAGGCGUGCCUGAUGCGGCCAUGCUGGAGAAGAUCCGGCAGCAUUGGGCUACCAUGCACCAACAAUACUCGCCCCAAAAGAAGGUGGACAUACUGCUCAAAGUCUGCAAAAACAUUUACCACAGCAUGACUGUCAAUGCCAAGCCUGGUGUGGUUUUUGGAGCAGAUGACUUCCUGCCCUGUUUGACGUGGGUAUUACUCCGCAGUGACGUUGUUACUCUGCAGAUAGACAUGGACUAUAUGAUGGAGCUGCUGGACCCCUCUCAGUUACAGGGAGAAGGUGGAUAUUACCUGACGUCCCUCUACGCCUCCUUGUUCUACAUUAGCAGUUUCCGGUCUCGUUUGGCAGCACGCCAGCUGAGCGCUGAAGCCCAGAAGUCCCUCAGUCAAUGGCAUCGCAGACGCACACUCCACUGCAACCAAUCACGGCGCAGUAGGAACCGCAGGACCAUCAGGAAGCACAAAAGUGGUGAAAGAGUUGAUGAGGACUCAGAGGGGGUGAAUGCAAGUGCAUCCAAAGAGAAAGCUACAGACGGGACUCUCGCCAGAAAUGUGACAAAGGAAGAAGUGCAAAAUGGGGGAUCAGAGGAUUAAUUUGCAAAAAAUUCUGAGUGGAGUAAUAUUAACAUUAAAACUGCCCUGCACUUUUGCCUUAACAAUCUAGGAAAAUCUUACAGAAAUGUAGAUAAUCCCCCUGUCCAAAACUACACAAUUCUUGGUCUUGGGCGUUCUUAUUUGUCCAUCUGAAAAGCACCCUUUAUGAGGCCUUAAUGCACCUUUUUGAAGUCUACAGCCUCAGUCUUGUAUAAUAUAUUCAAAUGUGUCUUAAAGUGUCUUAAUUUAAUUUGUAGCAGCAUUAGAGUGAGAACUAAUCAAAAGAGCUGAAUAAAUCAAGCACAAUCAACUACCAA